AGAACAGUGUGUAGAACUGCAUGAGGGUUAUGUGACGAAAAGCUGAUGCUGUGAAUUAAACCUUGUAAUUACAAUUUUCGGUCAGGACUGCUGACCCAGUACUUUAUUCAUCAGCACAUAUGAGUGCAUACAGGCUGCAGCAACUCAAGGGUCAUCUUGUGGCCGAAAAUAAGGUCGCAUCAAUGGCCAGCUCACCGAGUCCUCUGACCACCCAUGUGCUGAACACUGCAAUGGGUAUCCCUGGAUCAAACAUGACCCUCAACCUCUACCGACAGGACCCCUCAACUAAGGCCUGGAGUUCGAUUUUCACAGGGACCACUAAUGAUGAUGGCCGUUGCCCAGGACUAAUCACAAAACAAACAUUUACACCUGGUGUGUAUAAAAUGCAUUUUGACACUGCGCAGUACUGGGAGAGUUUGGGGCAGGCCAGCUUUUACCCCUAUGUUGAGAUUGUCUUCACUAUAAAUGACCCUAGCCAAAAGUACCAUGUCCCUCUGCUCCUGAGUCGUUUCUCUUACAGUACAUACAGAGGAAGCUAGAGGUCAAGCAUGAUGAACCUCAUUAAUAGGCCACUUCCCCAGGAACAUUCAUCUCCAUCUCCAGCACCAGUUCAACUGUCACAUUCCUGAAAGACAUUAUACUCCAUUUAAAUACAUUCAACAUCAUCUUUGAAAUGAAACAGACCAUAUUACUUAUUUUACACUUAGGCUAUUACAUUUAACAUCUCUUGCAAACAGUUUAAGAUGUGUAAUAUCUGAAUAAAUAUGCUACAUGUUCACUGUCAA